AUGGCCCCCAAGAACAACGCCAAGGGUGCCGCCAAGGGCAAGGGCAAGGACGCCGGCGAUGACAAGGGCAAAGGCAAGGGCGCCGUGAAGGGCGCGCAAUCAAUCCAAGUGCGGCACAUUCUUUGCGAGAAACACGCGAAGAAAGAAGAGGCGCUGGAGAAGCUGCGCAAUGGGACCAAGUUUGACGAGGUUGCGCGCGAGUUCUCGGAGGAUAAGGCGAGGCAAGGAGGCGCCCUUGGCUGGAAGACUCGGGGAAGUCUCGAUCCCGCGUUCGAGAACGUGGCUUUCGAGCUGGAGGCCAGUACUACCGGGAACCCCAAGUAUGGAGAGGCAAAGACCGGCUUUGGUUACCAUAUCAUCAUGGUCGAGGGGCGGAAAUGA